AUGCCGCAUUGUGCAUCUUUUUCAGUCGGAGAAGACGGCUUUACUCGAGCGUGGUCCGUGAGAACUGGAGAAUUCUUAUGCGCAGUACCCCCACCGUACCCGGUACUCCACCGAGACCUCGUUCCUAGAAUAUGCUGCAGCAACAACUGGGGUGGAUUGUACGGCAACUUGGGCUUGUGUUUGGCUGUUCGAGACGAAAUGCAUGUUUACGAACUGAAAACUUGA